UCUGCCUUCUGCACCCCGUCCUUCCCCAGCUUGCGCUCUGCCGGGACUGCAGAUUUCCAAAGCCGGACUGGAUCCUUUCCUAGAUCAGACCCUUUCUACUGUUUCGGGGUUGGAAGGCGCGUCGCUGUGUUAAAAGGCAGACAGACGUGUGGAAAGCGAGCGAGAAAGUUGCAUUUAAACUUUAGGAGCUGCGUCACCGCAGUCGCCUGGAGAAAACUCCGCGGAGCCGGACAGAUUCCUUGCAGCUUUCAGGCCCCGGGCGUGGGGAGGAGGCGGCGCGCGGGGCGGGGGCGCUCCGGACUAGGGUGCAGGCGGGGACUUGGGGUGACGCGGUCCCGGGCCGCAGUGCCACACAGGGGUUCUCGGCUUUUUGGCAGAGUCCUGUGCGGGACGUGAACCGGGAGGCUGGCUGCCCGAGGGCGAGCCGCGCUGGGAGGCCGAGGCCGGGGUCGGGGCCGGGGAGCCCCGCGAGCCGCCGCAGCGGGGUCCCGGGGCCGCGGAGGGGCCAUGGCCGCCGGCGGCAUCACCACGCUUCCUGCACUGCCGGAGGACGGCGACCCCGUCUUCCCGCCCGGCCACUUCAAGGACCCUAAGCGGCUCUACUGCAAGAAUGGGGGCUUCUUCCUGCGCAUCCACCCCGACGGCCGCGUGGACGGCGUCCGCGAGAAGAGCGACCCACACGUCAAACUACAACUCCAAGCGGAAGAGAGAGGGGUUGUGUCUAUCAAGGGAGUAUGUGCAAACCGGUACCUUGCUAUGAAGGAAGAUGGACGGCUGCUGGCUUCUAAGUGUGUUACAGAGGAGUGUUUCUUUUUUGAACGGCUGGAAUCUAAUAACUACAACACUUACCGGUCCCGGAAAUACUCCAGUUGGUAUGUGGCACUGAAGCGGACUGGGCAGUAUAAACUCGGAUCCAAAACAGGACCUGGGCAGAAGGCCAUACUGUUUCUCCCGAUGUCUGCUAAGAGCUGAUUCACUUUAGAAACUGUUAAGGAGAGAAAAGAAUGUAUGCAACUAAGUUUGGACACCUGGUUUGAUAACUCAUUGUAUAACAGUAAAACACUUAACCAUUACCUCAGUAAAAAAAAACAAGUUUUGGAAAAAAUUUAGACUUCCCCCUUUUACAGAGCUUUGGUUGUGACCCAGGGAUGACUAGAGCCACAAUCUUUUUCAUUUAUUUUCUUUAUUUGAGAAGAGGAUUUAAAAGUAUGUACAUUUACAGAUUUCCAUCAUGAAAAUCAUGUAUGUGAGAAAACUGGCGUCGGGUGUCAGGCGCAGACCAUGUCCAUCUUUGGGUCCCUCCAGUGUCUGCAUUCAGUCUGUUCCCGCUGUGUCUCUGUAACUCUCUGGCAGUUCCCUGUGAUAGAGUUUGUAGAACAGGCCUGUGUACACUGCGGGGAAUUCCUCCAUGCUGAGGUCAAUUUUGUCAAACCCUUCCCUGUGUCCAUACAGCAAUAACCUAGCCACCCUCCUGGUGAUGGGGGUGGUAUUGUCAAUCCUGGCUAGUUUUUCCAGAUCCAUCCAUUCACACUUCAAGCAUUCCUGCUGGCAGAAGUUGAUAGUGAAGGAACAUGGCUGCAGGCGGCAGAUCAGGUACAUGUCCGAUUUCCCGAAGGCUCCAGGGCUCCCAUGUUGCUGCCGGAUGCUUAGCAGGGACCUGAAUUCUGACUUCACACCAGUCUCUUCAAAAACCUCUCGGACUGCUGUGUCGCCUAUGUGAAAGAGAGAGAAACAAACAGAUUUCAUUCCUAGAGAUGCCAUCAAGGGUUUCAGUUAAAAUCUGGAAGUUUAAAAGCGAAACUUUGUCUUCAAGCUGCUUUCUGGAUGUUGUGAAAAGCACUUUGUAUUUAAGAUGCUUUUGAGACGCCGAGGGUCUCUUUGGAGGCUUAUUCGUGUGUCAUAUGUGGGAGCCACAUCUUCUUAACCUCUCUUCUGUUCUAUUUCCCAAAGGCAAGAACACAUUUGCAAACAAAGCUGCAGUUAACAUUCUGAUAAAAUCCUUCACUAUUGUCCUGCCCUGAACAUUCGUCAAACUGCCUGAGUUUGUGAACACCAGAAUGGAGAGAAAGGACCCAUCCCUUGUUACAGGAAUCUGUAGUGCUGAACGUACUUGAGUGAGCUGUGAAAUGACUCUGACUUCUUUGUGAUCUCAAGCCCACUGCCCCACAGGGCGAGGUCCUCCCCAUGGUUAUGCCCCUCUCCCAGCUGCCAGUGGGUCCUAGCCUGAUUUGGAAACUGAUUUUUCUUGAGAGCAGAUUCCGUAGAACUUGGGGUUCAUUCUUUCAAUUCCAAAAUGCAAUAGUUGUUUCAUCAAACAUUUUCAUAAUGCAUAUAAUUUUAUAAUGCAACAAGGGUUUUCACAUUUUAUAAAUAUUUUUCAUAAAAUACAAAUUUCCAUGGCAGGACUUUUAUUGCCAUUAACAUACAUUUAUGUCCAGUUUUUCUAGACACCCAGGAAGACUGUCUGAAUGGACUUGAUUAAUUCUGAUGCUCUAUAGCUGUCUGCCUUGACUGCUUUUCUGGUAAUCUUUAGAAUUGUUAUAGAUUGUUUAUAACGCCUUCUGAUGCAACUCUGGAUGUUUGCCAAAUAGCACAUAAGUUUCUCUUGCUAGUAAUUCUACUGAUAGUGCCUGGGGUAUGAGGAGCUAUCAAGAGCAUAUAGUUCCUACGCACUCAAACCAUUGACUGUUUUUCCUGCUCCCUGGACACAUACCAGCCCCUAAGAUAUGCUCUUGUUUCUAAGAAACAGUUCUGGAAAGGCUCACAGGAACAGUAACUUGGUCUAAAACGCAAGACAUAUAUCCACCAUUCUUUUUCUUUCUUCCUUUCUCUCUCUCUCUCUUUUUUUUUUUUUUUUUGAGACAGAGUUUCUCUGUGUAGCUUUGCUCCUUUCCUGGAACCCUAGAACUCACUCUGUAUCCCAGGCUGGCCUCGAAGCCUCGAACUCGCAGAGAUCCGCCUGGCUCUGCCUCCUGAGUGCUGGGAUUAAAGGUGUGCGCCACCACCGCCCGGCUUCUUUUCCUUUUUUUCCCCACCAUUCUUUGUGUACUGACUUCCCUUGACUAAGAUUUGUCCAUAGGUUAAGCAUGGCCAGAAAUUACAUCUCAUAACUGAAGGCACUAAGACAGGGCAUACAGCUCACCAUGAAGAUGCCUGCCUCGGCUUGUGUGAGAUGCUGAGUUCAGUUCCUGGCACCACACAAUGAGAAGGAGGGAAUGGAGGCAUCAAAGAACAUUCUAGGCUCACAAUGUUUCUCUAGUAAGAAAAUAGUUUUCAUCUAGCAUAUGACACAUUAUUAAAUUUAUUACUAAAAAUUGUGGCACUAGUCUUACAUGUUUAUAUAGUGGCCUCUAACUCUUGUUUAAAUAUAUAUGUAUAUAUACACAUAUAUACACACAUAUAUAUACAUAUAUAUUCUUUAAAUGCUCUGGAAAAUAACUUUGGGGAUCCUGCUCAGUUCUUAGCACCACUAAUGUGACCAGCUGUUUGUAAAUCACAGAAACAGGACAGGGUGAAUGAGAGCGUGAGUGUCCUGCUUAGCAGUCACUAUAGUACCACGGUGGAGACAGAAGAGACACUGCCUGGGUAGACUGAAUAGUUUAACUUGAAUCAGUACAUCACUGACUAACUGAAACUGAAUACAAUCCAGUGCUUUUGUUUUUGAGAUGUGGGACAUACUCCCCUUCCACCUCAAAAGGAAGCCUCUCCCUCAGUUCCGACGUGAAUUUAAAAUUAUCAAGAUAAACUGUUGUUUAUUUCCAAUUAUUUAAACAGACUUUAAACUCAGCCGAGAUAACAAUUACAGUGUGUGAAGAAUCUAGCAGCUCAUUUUUGCUGCUUGAACGUCAGACUGGACUGCAACAGUAGGACAGUACCGAGGUUCCAAGCUUCUUCUGUCCUGUAGUAUGUACUGACAGGGUGUCUUGAGAUGGAAUAAAAAUGAUGGGAAACUUUCAGCAUGUGCGUUUCUUCGAGCUCCCUCUGGCCCUGCUGAACAUCCCUGGCUAGCUGAAACAAGAUACAGUUUUCACCCAUGGUAAUGACAUGUUUUAGGAAGGCAUUUUGUACCUUUGAACUGUUCAAGACACCUUUAGAUUCAAGCCUUAAGGACUUCAAUUUGCUCUGCAUUUUCCCAACUAAAUUUCUUAAAAACAUUUGUCAUAUCAAUGUUUCACCUUCCUAGCAUUAUCAGAGAAUAAAAGAUUCCAAAUGAGUUUCCAAAUUAACUAGCAUUUAUUUAUUGGUAUUUAAUAGCAGGCUAAUUAACAGCCAGUGAAUGUCGAAAUGUUCAGGAUGGCAACAUUCCAAAAGCGUGUUUCAUGCUUUCCUAAAGAAAGGUUUCAAGAAUAUAAUUUCCUGGUGGUCUAAAGACCCUGGCGUUCUCAUUAGUCUUUAUUUUGUACUGGCUAUCAACAGAAACAGGCUGUGGAAGAGCAAGUUCUAAGGCUAUGGUGAAUGCCAACUGCUGCCUGUUUUAGUCCUGAUAGGCUAUUUUGAUAACCACAGAUACUUAAAAAAUUAGUACAUUUAAAAUUAUUGAGGCUUAAAGGAAGAUUCUGGAAUUAUACUUAAACCUGAAUUUAUACAUACUUAACUUGAAAAUGUGUUUUUUCAUUAACAUCUAAAUCUGUCUGAAAUUCUUAGGAUCUACUGAAGUUCAAAAGAAAAAAAAAACUCCCUAAUUUAUUUGAAAAGGCAUGUCUCAGGAAGGAAAGGCGCACAGGGUUCAGAUGACUUCCCCUCAGUGUGCAGGGUGAGAAGGCUGGACUUGAGUUACCUUGUUCACACACCCUCAUAUACCACACAGGUAAUGAGAGAAGAUGAAGAUAGUCUUAUAGAAAACAUGGCCUUUGCUCUCAGUAUUUGGCAACCUACAAAAUACGGAUGUUUUUGACAACAUGGUUUGAGUCGCACAGUGUGGCCUGAAACACCAGCCUCCUCAGUACUGGGAUAAACAGGAUAUGUGCCAUCAUACCAACAUCCCUAGAGUACACACUGUCAACAGACUACCCCCCCCCACACACACACCGAGAACUAAGCAGUCAGUGAAACCCUAAAACCAAGGUUUGUUUUACAUAUCUGAAUGUUAUCCACAUGCUCAUGGGUUUUUAGGAGCUGGUCAUAUAAAUACAGACAGGGCAUUUGGAUCUGUGUAACAUUUAAAAAACUCAAGUCUUCAUGAACAUGAACUCAAAUAUAAACUAACAUAGGAGACCAUUCUAAUACAGCGACUGGCUAAGGAGAAAUGAGAAUGUACACCCUAAAGCAAAGGUAAUUGAGAAAUAAUAUGAAUAUCUAAUGUAUUGUUUAUUGAUCAGGAUGAUGUUGAAUUUAACCUAAUGGUUUAAGGCACAGCAUCGUUCUAUACUUUGUAGACCAGUGACCAAGUCCUUAGCUUCCUUCCAUCCUGUCUCCCUAUGAGCUAAUGUGGUGGGAGGGGGAGGCAUGUUAUUUCCCACUUGAGACUUCCUCGUGAGGUAUUUUAUUAUGUUUUGGAUUAUUCGUAAUAAAGAGCUGGCAAAAUCUUCAAAAGAGAAUCAUAUCACUAUUUCCUUGUAGCUCGCUUUAUUAUACUUCAAAGUUCAUUUAAAAUCAUUAUCCACCCAUAUGUGACUGUAAUAUGAUCACAAAUUCAAAAUUUAGUAAUUGUAGCCUUAUUUGAAAAAAUCUUCAUAGUGAACUUUACUGAUGAAGGUCUCAAGUUGCUCCUUUUCAGAUGACCUUAGAGCACCCCUGGAAAGGGUGUGUUAAUGCUCCCGUAGGGAUGAGUUGUGCUAGAAAACUCAUGCUAAUGUAUAUCAGUCCUCCAGAAAUCUGCCUGAAAUUUUCUGACUUGGUCUGAACCAAUUAGAAAUUUUAAAUUCUUAUUCUUAAGCUAUAAAGCAGUGAAGGAAACAUAUUAACUCUCUGAACAUUUUCAAGCUUAUCAGAAAUAUAUAAAUACAUACCAAUAUCUUCUCCAGGCUCUGACAGGCCUCCUGGAAACUUCCACAUAUUUUUCAACUGCAGUGCAGAGUAAAUGAAUAGUUGAUGUCAUGAUUCACUCUCUUUCUGUCCUGUUUCUCUCCAUCUUCUUCUACCCUAGUCCACCCACAGCUGGUCACAGCAGUAAACACUUAUUUUUAGUAAUUUUACUCUAUUUCUCCCAACUUUCUCACUACUACAGUUUUUUUUUCUCUUUUGAGGGAGAUGGUAAUUGAUGAAGUCCUUUCCUCUUAUACUUCAGGAAAUAGAAGUGGUGUUAUUUAGCUAAUGUGAUAAAACUUGUAUUACUGAACCUUUGGAGGGAAAUAUCUAUUAAUUUGUGUACUUUACAGAACUUGGCUGCUAGUUAAAUAUGAACAAAUAGGAUCUUACAGAUGCUGCUAUAAGUAGAGUACAGAAUAAAUGUAACCACCGAGGUAUGCUACUCUAGAUUUUUACAUGCAUUUACUGUAUUUUGUCUCUAAUCACAGAUAUUACUCAAGAUUUCUGUGUGCUAAUAGUUUCAUGUAAAAUGUUAUUGCUUUUUAUGAGUAGUGUAAAUAAAAUUAAUUUGGUUUCUUGGCUAUCA